CUGCAGAAAUUAUAAUAAUAAAAUAACAUAAUAUAAAUCAAUAGCAUAGCAUAGCGGGGAUUAGAAGCAAAGGCGUUGUGUCCACAGCACGAUGAGUUUCGACGACGUGAUCUACGUGAUCUGCCUGCUGGCCUGCAUCGGCGCCGGGAGCUAUGCGAGGAAGAUCUCGGACGAGGGCCAGCGGAAGCUGGUGUCCACCGCACUGGGCAUUAUUGUGGUUGUGAUCGUCUCGGGGCUCCACAGCCUGCAUUGCUUUGUUUCCCUGGCCCUGGGCACCUGUGCCGUGCUCCUGGUGCAUCCAAGCAAAGGCCACCUGGUCACCUUCGUGGUCAUGUUUGGCUACCUGGUGUUCUUCCGCAUGUUCGACUUCUACCUAGGCAUUCCCGGUCACACCAACAUGAUCCAAAUGUUGCUCACCCUGAAGGUUUCGGGUAUUGCCUUCGAGAAGACAGCCGCCUGGAAACGCCUGCAGGCACGCGAUGAGCAGAAGAAGAACGACCAGCGGGAUGUGAACCAGGAGAGUCUCGUCGAAAUCACCGACUACGACGAGGAGCUGCAGACCCUGAGUGCCGCCGAGAUCCUGCACUACAGCUUUAACUACAUCGGAGUUCUUACAGGUCCCUAUUAUCGGUAUCGUACGUACAGAGACUACUUUGAGAUGCCCUUUAAGACCUAUGCUCCCAGUGUUGAGGCCACUUUGGAGAAGCUUAAGCAUGCAGUCUUUUACUGUGCACUAUACCUGGCCACAAACUACAUCUGGCCACUAGAUUAUGCGCUGACUGAUGAGUUCUUCAACGAUCGCUCCUUUGUCUACCGCCUGCUUUAUGUAUGGCCCACGUUCUUCACUUUCCGUGCCCGCAUCUACACCGGACUGACCCUGAGCGAAUGUGUCUGCACGAUGGCCGGCUUCGGAGCCUAUCCGGAUGAGUCGGAUCCCACUAAUGGCGAGGGACCACGGAAGCGCUACCAGCACCUAAAGCGCGACGCAGAGAAGCAUACUUACAACUUCUCCACGAUUGUCAACACGAGAGUUCUGGAGGUGGAGCGCUGUUGGACCUUCCGCGAGGGCAUGAAGCACUGGAAUGUGUGUGUCCAAUACUGGUUGGCUGUCAACGUGUACAAACUCUUCCCAAGCAAGAAAUACAGGGUUGGCAGGACUGGCGCCACUUUGCUGUGCUCCGCCUACUGGCACGGAUUCCGGCCGGGGCACUACUUCUGCAUCAUGGGUGCACCCUUCUACGUUGCCCUGGAGGAUAUGUGGGAUAAGCUGGUGCGCAAAAAUGCCAUCGGCACUAACCGUCGUAUAAUCGACGUCAUCUUCUGGAUCUUCAAGUGGUUCGCCUUCAGUUACUUGGGCGAGGCCUUCCUGCUCUCCUCGUUUGGCAAGAUCUGGCGUUACUAUAGCUCGGUCUAUCACAUUGGAUACAUUAGCUGGGCGGCAAUGAUUGCGUUGGGAUUAUACCUGACCAGUCAGAAAAAGGCCGCCGAACGUAGAAAGAAUCGUGCGGCGGAGAAAGCAGCUGCCGGAGAUGGAAUUUCUGCCGCAGUGGAGAAGGAAAAGGCGCAGUAGUUUGUCAAUUACGUAGCCACCAAUAUCCCUAAUUGGCAGAUCAAUUCAUGGAAAACUUUUUAAAAGUUUUCCACUACAUAUUCUAUCGGAAGGAAAUGUAUAUGUUCUUCAGUUCUCCUAUUGUAAAUCAUCAUUAUCAACGAUAUUUUCUUAGAGAAGUUAUUCUCGAUUUUAUUCACCAACUUAAGUAUGUACAAAAGUGGUCUUGUUACGCCUUCUACCGGCUUCCAUCCAAACUUCUUCUGGAGAAGGUGAUGAUAUUAUGAAUAUGAAUAAUAAUUAGAUUUAGGCAUCAAAAAGUUACUGAGAAAGAUAAUUAUACAUAUAUAUUUUAACCAAAGAAAUAUAAACGAAAAAUGUAUAAAUAUUAAAUCCUGCUACGAUCACUCAAUUCCAAAUUAAAAUACUAUCUACAUAUUAUAUAUUCCCAAAAAAAUACAUAAAUUAUUCUUUUUGUA